AUGAAGAUGUCACAGUUAAUAAACUACCGUCUCGAUGUCACAGCCGUUGAUGGACGACAUUUUGUUGGUACGCUUCUCGCAUUCGAUGGACACAUGAACCUUGUGAUGGCAGACACCGUUGAGAAGAGACUCACAAAGAAAGCAUACGCUGAAAUGGUUAAAACCCACAAACCCAACUACGACACGCGGAAUAUUGGCCUUAUGGUGUUACGAGGAGACCAGGUUGUUUCAAUAGUGAUCGAGCUGGAGCCGCUCACCCCACUUGCCUCACGGCUUGAGAAGGGCACCGGCACCGCCAAACCUGUCGCCAAAGGCGUCAAGCGCAAACGGGAUAGUUAA